GGAAGCCGUGACCUCCAGGCACCGCGAGCGAGAGUGAGGGAGGGCGUUUUAUUCUCGAGGUGGCGAUUUCUGUCAAUUUUCUGUGUGUCUGUCAACACCAAGGGUACCACCAUGGAAGAAGAAAGAUAUUAGCGACCACUCUACAGGAGGACGCGGUUAACACUCACACCAGAAACAAGAGUACUGAUGUUCCGACACGAGUACAAAACUGAAGUUGAACAUCGAAUAGCAAGACAACAAGUUGUGAGAUUACCGAAUUAUGCGAAAAGAUUGGAAUUUUUUUGGAAUGAGUGAAACGGCUCAAACGAGAUCUCGAGUUCCUGCUCCAUAAUGGAAGGACUACAUGUCCCUUAUCCAGGAAAGUAUCAUGCUGUGAACCAGGCAGGCAUUGUGGGGGCACAACCCCUUGUGCACAACAGUGAGUCUCUCUAUUCAAACUUCCCAUCGCAAGCAAACCUAAAGGUUGAUCAGAAGGAGAUUGAAGCCAAGCCCAGUGAGAAGCCCUUUGAAUGCGACAAAUGCAGUAAACAGUUUGCACAGAAGAGUCAUCUGACAAGUCAUAUGCUGUGGCACAGCAAGGAAAAAAAGUUUGAGUGUGAGAUUUGUGGAAAAAAAUUUUCUAUGGAAAGCCAUCUUAACGGUCACAUGCUGGAACACAGCCGAGAGAAAAAGUUUGAGUGUCAGACUUGUGGUAAAAGAUUUGCAAUGGAGAACUAUUUGAACAGUCAUAUGCUUGUGCAUAUGACUGAGAGAAAGUAUGAAUGUAAGUUGUGCGACAAGAAAUUUACUAUGGAAAAUCACCUUAACAGCCACAUGCUUGUUCACAACACAGAAAAGAAAUAUGAGUGUGGAAAAUGCAAAAAGAGGUACAGCCAGAAGAGUCACCUCAACAGCCACAUGUUGAAACAUAGUGAGGAGAAAAAAUAUGAGUGUUUGCUUUGUGGGAAGAGGUUCAACAUGGAGAACCACCUCAAUAGCCACAUGCUUGUACAUAGCGAAGAGAAGAAGUUUGAGUGCCUGCUGUGCGGCAAGAGAUUUAACAUGGAGAACCAUCUUAACAGCCACAUGUUAGUGCACAAUGAUGAUAAGAAGUUUGAAUGUUCUUUAUGUGACAAGCGCUUCAACAUGGAGAGUCACUUAAACAGCCACAUGCUGGUACAUAAUAGUGAAAAGAAAUUUGAAUGUUUAUUGUGUGGCAAAAGGUUCCACAUGGAGAGUCACUUAAACAGCCAUAUGUUGGUCCAUAAUGAGAAGAAAUUUGAGUGUUUAUUGUGUGGGAAAAGGUUCUACAUGGACAGCCACCUUAACAGUCAUAUGCUGAUGCAUAGCAGUGAGAAAAACUUUGAAUGCGAGACUUGUGGAAAGCGAUUCUACAUGGAAAGUCAUCUCCAUAGCCACAUGCUAGUUCAUAACACUGAGAAGAAAUUUGUGUGCAUGCUCUGUGGUAAGAGAUUCAACAUGGAAAGUCACCUCAACAGCCACAUGCUUGUGCACAAUGAGAAGAAAUUUGAGUGUGUCCUAUGUGGAAAGCGUUUCAAUAUGAUCAGCCAUCUUAAUAGCCAUAUGUUCGUGCACAGCGAGAAAAAGUUCGAGUGUGACAUUUGUGGCAAACGAUUUGGUAAAGAAAGUCACCUUAAUAGCCACAGAUUUGCACAUAGUGAGGAAAAAAGAUUUGAGUGUGAAAUUUGUCGGAAAAGGUUCUCCCAGGAGAGCCAUUUAAGCACCCACAGGUUUGUGCACAGUGAAGAAAAGCGUUUUGAGUGUGAGAUAUGCGGAAAGCGUUUCAAUCAAGAAAUCCAUCUCAACAGUCAUAGAUUCAUGCACAAUGAGGAAAUAAAACUGGAAUGUCAAGAGUGGGGCAAGAGGUUCACUCAGAAGGUGCCCCCAAACACUACAAGGUUUGUUCAUGAUGAUGAGAAGAGGUUCCAGUGUGACGACUGUGGGAAGAGGUUUGCCCAGAAGAGUCAUCUCAACAGCCACAGGUUUGUUCAUACUGAGGAAAAGCGGUAUGAGUGUCAGGAUUGUGGCAAGAAGUUUACUCACCAGAGCCACCUCAUCAGCCACAGUUUUGUACACCGUGAAGAAAAGAAGUUCGAGUGUCCAACUUGCAAGAAGAGGUUCACACAUGAGAGUCACCUCAACAGCCACAGCUUUGUGCACAGCGAGAGGAGGCUGUAUGAGUCUCAGAAGCAGUUGCCUGAAAAGAUGCAGCUGAAUAACCAGUUGCCUACCAAUCUCAGUACUCAACUCAACAGCAAUCUGACAGCCCAGAUUAACCAGAAUCUAACAGCGCAACUAAACUCCAAUAUUACAGCUCAGAUCAACACAAAUUUGACAGCGCAAAUUAACACCAAUCUGAGUAACCAGCUUAAUAGCCACUUCCUGGAGCAGACUGAUAAGAAGCCGAUCGAGUAUGAGGAAAAUGGGAAACUAUUCAUUCCACAGUCAUAUCAACAGCCGUAUGCCUAUGCACAAUGGGAACACGUACGGACAUUAUGGUCACUUGAUGUACUUCAGCUAGGGAGACAGGUGGUUGUCUUGAGUGAUCUGCUGGUUAAACCAACUGUGGUUAUCCAGUGCUUUGGAUACCUCAAGGUGGAUCCUUCAGAUCAGACCCCCGGUAGCAUGUACGAUAGGACAGUGAUCUCCAAGGGCCCCUGGAAAGGAGCCGAGAGAAUGGUGCUGCACUCCAACACCUACACCAGAUCAGAUACUGAUCGUAAAGGGGAUAUUCUUGACCUGUUUGAACCUAGCGUCCUCCAUGAGCUCGCUCCGAUGAAUCACUCUAUCUUCAGAAUGGAAGGGUUACACAUUCCCUAUCCAGGCAAAUAUCAUAGGAUCAAUCACCCUGUGGUCACUGGGGCACAGGCCCUCAUCCAGACAGCUCCAGUGUACUAUGGUAAUCCCCACCAGUCAAUAAGAACACCAGCACCAGCCCCUGUUCAGCCUGCUGUUGCUGCACCUACAUACCAACCCAUAACAGAAGACGAAAACAAUAUUGUUAAUACCAUUGAAGAAAAGCCCUAUAACUGUGACCAGUGCGGCAAACAGUUCGCACAGAAAAGUCAUCUGACAAGUCACAUGCAGUGGCAUAACCGUGAGAAAAAAUUUGAGUGUGAGGUUUGCCAAAAACGCUUCUCAAUGGAGAGUCACUUGAAUGGACACAUGCUGGAACACAGCAGGGAGAAAAAGUUUGCGUGCCACAUGUGUGGUAAAAGGUUUGCAAUGGAGAAUUACCUGAACAGUCAUAUGCUGGUUCACAUGACAGAAAAGAAGUUUGAGUGCAGAAUAUGUGACAAAAGAUUCACCAUGGAGAAUCACCUUAAUAGUCACAUGCUUGUCCACAAUACCGAAAAGAAGUUUGAGUGUGGAAUAUGCAGGAAGAGGUAUAGCCAGAAAAGUCACCUUAACAGCCACAUGCUGAAGCACAGCAAAGAGAAGAACUUUGAGUGUACAGUGUGUGGUAAGCGCUUCAACAUGGAGAGUCAUCUCAACAGCCACAUGCUGGUGCACAGUGAUGGUAAGAAGUUUGAAUGCGUACUUUGUGGGAAGAGGUUCCACAUGGAAAUUCAGUUGAAUAGCCACAUGGUUGUUCACAAUGAGGUGAAAAAAUUUGAGUGCCAUCUGUGUGAGAAAAAGUUCAGUCUGGAGAUCCAUCUUAACAGUCACAUGAUGGUGCACAAUAAUGACAAGAAGUAUGAGUGCCUCUUGUGUCACAAACGUUUCACUAUGGAGAGCCACCUCAACAGCCACAUGCUUGUGCACAAUGAAAAAAUCUACAAGUGUGACAUAUGCGGCAAACGAUUUAACAUGGAAAGUCACUUGAACAGCCACAUCCUUGUCCACAGCGUGGAAAAGAACUUUGAGUGUGAACUGUGUGACAAGAAGUUUGCCAUGGAAAAUCACCUGAAUAGUCACAUGCUGGUACAUAGUGAGGAUAAAAAGUUUGAGUGUCAGUUAUGCGGUAAGCGUUUUAACAUGGAGUGCCACCUCACCAGCCAUAUGCUUGUUCACAGUGACGAGAGGAAGCACGAGUGCCAGAUCUGUGGGAAGAGGUUCAACAUGGAAAGUCACCUGAACAGUCACAUGCUUGUGCACAGUGAAAAGAAAUUUGAGUGUAUUUUGUGUGGGAAAAGGUUCCUCAUGGAGAGCCAUCUUAAUGGCCACAUGCUUGUCCACAAUGAAAAAAAGUUCGAGUGUGGGUUGUGCGGGAAACGAUUCUUGAUGGAGAGUCAUAUGAACAGUCACAUGCUCGUCCACAGCACCGACAAGGCCUACGAAUGUGAAACCUGUGGCAAGAGAUUCAAUUUAGAGGCUCACCUCAACAGCCAUAUGCUUGUGCAUAAUGAGGAAAAGAAUUUUGAAUGUAGUCUGUGUGGCAAACGUUUUGGGAUGGAGUGCCACCUUAACAGCCACAUGCUUAUUCACAAUGAAAAGAAGUUUGAGUGUGAAUUAUGUGGAAAAAGAUAUAACAUGGAAAGUCACCUGACAAGUCAUAUGAUGGUGCAUGGGGAGCGCAGGUUUGAAUGUGAGAUUUGCGGUAAGAGGUUCACUCAAGAAAUGCAUCUUAACAGCCACAGAUUUAUGCACACUGAGGAGAAAAAAUAUAUUUGCGAUCAGUGUGGGAAGCGCUUCGCCCAGGAAAGCCAUCUCAGGUGUCAUAAAUAUGUUCAUAGUGAUGAAAAGAGGUUUGCUUGUGAAGAGUGCGGCAAGCGCUUUACACAAGAAGCUUAUCUCCAUAGUCACAUGUUCAUGCAUAACAAGGUUAAGAAAUUUGAAUACCAAGAAUGGUCUAAACAUCCUGUCAACACAAAGUUCAUGCAUAAUGACGAUAAAAGAUUUGAAUGCGAGGACUGUGGAAGGCGCUUCGCACAUCAGAACCAUCUAAGCAGUCACAGGUUUGUCCACAGUGAAGAAAAACGCUUUGAGUGUGGUGAAUGUGGCAAGCGCUUCACACAGGAGAGCUACCUCACAAGCCAUAGCUAUGUGCAUAGCGAGGAGAAGAAGUUCCAGUGUGGAAAGUGUGGCAAAAGAUUUGCACAGGAGAGCCAUUUGAACAGCCACAGUUAUGUUCACAUGGAGAAGAAAACUUAUGAAUUUGAUAGCUGUGGGAAGCCCAUAAUCCCAGCACAGAAGGCUACCCAGAUGAAUGGCCAUAUUGUGGUGCAGGGUGAUGGUGACAAUGGAAAAAUAAUAUCCCAACAGCAGCUUCAAAACCCGUACGCCUACGCCCAGUGGGAACACGUGCGGACACUCUGGUCCUUGUAACAGCAUUGCCAACAAGAUCAGGCCCCUGUUGUUUUUGACAUGAAGGUUGAGUGUAGGCUCGCUCCCAGCAACAUUCUGACUCGGGAUUUCAUUUUCAGUGAUGUCCAUGUGGUGCCGAAGGGUAUAUCUAUUAUUAUAUGCCCAGCUAUUGUGUGUAACAGUAUUACCUAUCACACGGCAUCUCCUAAAGUGACAGUUCACUUCACGUUUCUGACACUAGUGGAAUUACAUAUUUAAACUUCUUGUAUGUACAUAUGCAAACACAGUUAUGAAUGAAAAUCUCUUUGAGUCAGGGGGAUCUCCCUAAUCCAGGCAUGAUGUAUUAGAUUGUAGCCAAGGACAUGAGUCAUAGGAAUGAGUGUCAUUGGCUAUGCAUUAUGAGUAAAGAGAAAUGUUCAAUUAUGGCUUAGUUAUGAUCUGUAUGACAAAAUACUUGUCUGCAGGACUGUACUUGUGAGUACGUGAGGAGUAAAAAAGAAGGUCGUAUCACCUACGAUACAAGUGAAUUUCAAAAACCAUAAAAUGAGAUAAAGUUAUAUGAAUGACCUUAAAUGAUUUAAUAAUGAAGGUUCAAGUUUGUGCUUCUUUAAAAUAUUUGUUACUUGUUUGUGUUUAAACGGUAAUGGUAUGACCUCAUUUUUACCCCAUGUAAUAUUUUAGCUGUAACUGAUCAGUGCAGGCUUGGCCGAGACUGAUGAUUUUUUUUAUAUAUAUACAGAUAUAAUUAAGUUGUAGACUAGGAGGACAUGUAUGUAGAUAUAUAUACAUAUACACAUAAACUCUCCAGGUGUUAGCAUGGUCGAAAGGGCAGACCAUAGGCCUUAAGGUUGGAGGCAGGAGAGGGAGUGUAGGUCUGGCAUAGGAUCAGUAAGGUCACGGGCGAGAUGGUGGAAUGUUGACGAGAUUGGCGACACACGGCAGAGUGAGAAGAGGGCAGCUGAUGACUGUUCAUGUGGAAGUACAGAUGAACUGCAUUUACCGUAAUAACUAUUGAUUUUAGUCUUUAUGUAUAUAGUCCUUCUAAAAGUGAAAUGUUUACGCUAUCAUGAGAACGAAUCUGGAUUGAACAGGGCAGGAGUAUAAAUCCUUUUUUUUUUCUUUUUUUUUUCAAUCAACAAAGAA